AUGGUGCGAUCUGUUGAAGGCUGCUGGUAUCUGGGAGAUGUUGUGUGUAAAGUGCAUUCUAGUUUGGACAUGACUUUCAGCAUCUCUUCCAUAUUGCAUCUCAGUUUAAUUGCUAUUGACAGGUACUGGGCCAUUUGUGACCCUCUGAGGUAUAAAAUGAGGGUCACAAACAACACUGUGACUGUAUUUAUUACCUUCACAUGGCUGUUUUCAUUUGUGUACAGCUUUUCUGUUGUGUUUACGGGGGUAAACAAUGUUGGUUUGGAGGAACUUAUAUUACAGAUUUCUUGUUUUGGUGGCUGUGUUUUGUUUUUUAACAAAGAAUGGGGCUUAAUUUGUGCACUUUUUGUGUUUCUGAUUCCAGGAACUAUCAUGAGCUCUCUAUACAUGAGCAUCUUCAAUGUUGUGAAAAAACAUGCAAAAGUCCUGUCAGAGAAAGUGUCUGUUGCCCCCACUGUAGGCGGUAAUUGCCAAACAUCUUCACAGAGAGAGAGGAAAGCAGCUAAAACUCUGGCCAUUGUCAUGGGUGUUUUUUAUCUCUGCUGGCUUCCUUUUUUUACUGCCACUGCUAUUGACCCUUUCCUUAAUUUUGUGACUCCUGUUGAUGUUUUUGAUGCUUUGGUUUGGUUUGGAUAUUUUAACUCCACUUGUAACCCCUUGAUCUAUGGCUUUUUCUAUCCCCGCUUUCAGAAGGCCUUUAAGAUUCUCAUAUCCACUUAUAUCUGUG